AAAUUUGGGGAUGCUAUGGAAAAUUUUCCUGCCUCCUCUUCCUCCUGAUCAAGUUAUUCACCUUCUUCUUCAGUGGCAGCGUUGCUUUGCUCGCACAACAACAGAACAGCACUCACACUAUUCACUCUUCACAGAAUUAAAAAAAAAACUGCCUCCUAUCAAUGGAAACCACCGAACAGCCAAACCCUAACAACCACCCCUCCCCCAAUGCCGACCCCGAACAACAACAAAGCCACUUCACCGACGGAGACGACGACGAAGAAGAAUUUGAAGAAGAAGAAGAGGAAGAAGACGGAGACGACGUCGUUUCGCGUGACUCCCAGUCCCCAGUGUCGCAGCUUCGCGAGCAGCGCUUCAAGAUGGAGACGCUCUCGCGGCGGCUGUCAUCGGAGCUUGUACCAAUCAGAGUCCACGACAUUGUGAUCCGUGGCAACGCGAAGACGAAGGAUUGGGUGAUCCAAGCGGAGCUCGAGGGGAUCGAGAACGCCGCCACCGUGCAGGACCUGAUUCGCGCCUCGCAGGUCGCACUUGCAAGGCUCCAGGGGCUCGGAAUCUUCGAUUCCACCAACCUCCGCCUUGAGCCUGGGCCGCCGGAGCUCCCUCACACAGCCAACAUCGUCGUUGAUGUCGUCGAAGCCGCCAGCAAAGUCAGUGGAGAAUUCGGCGUUUACACCAAACCCUCGACUAGUUCCUGGACUAGUGAAGGUACUCUUAAGUACAAAAACUUGUUAGGUUAUGGUGAUCUAUGGGAUGCUUCUGUGGCCUACGGUGCUAACCAAACAACGGAGGUGAGUAUAGGGGUCUAUGCCCCUAGACUUAAAGGAUUGUUAACUCCUCUUGUAGCACGACUAUCCUUGCUUUCCCAAGAUUGGCAAGAGUUUUCUUCAUACAAAGAGCAAUUGUUGGGCAUGUCUCUUGGCUUAAUAUCAACACGGCACCAUGACUUAGUGUACACUCUUGGAUGGCGUACCUUAACAGAUCCGUCACAAAUGUCAUCCAGGUCUAUAAGGAGACAACUUGGCCAUGGUUUGCUGUCAUCUCUGAAGUAUACAUUUAAAUUUGACAGGAGAAAUUCACCAAUCAGGCCUACCAGAGGAUAUGCUUUUCUUUCUACCACUCACUUUGGUGGCCUCACACCAGAUGAACGAAGCUUGCGGUAUAUUCGUCAGGAGUUCGAUGUUCGUUGUGCAGUCCCCUUUGGGUUUUAUAAUACAGCACUGAAUCUUGGCAUUUCUGCCGGUGCUGUUUUUCCAUGGGGGCCUGGUUUCUUGAACAAGCCAUCUCCCCUUCCUGAAAGGUUUUAUUUGGGUGGUGAUUUCUCUCCAGUUUGCACCCUUGGAGGGCCAGUAACAUUGUGGGGAUUCAAAACUCGGGGAUUAGGUCCUACUGAACCAAGAAGGCAAAGCAGAGAUGGGGUCGGCGAUGACAAUGAUGAUUCAUCUAGAUGGGACUUCGUUGGAGGGGAUCUUGCUGUUAGUGCUUUUGCAGACCUAUCUUUUGAUCUUCCAAUCAAGUGGUUGAGAGAACACGGAAUCCAUGGUCAUGUGUUUGCUGGUGCUGGGAAUAUUACAAAAUUAACUCAGAACGAAUAUAAGCUGUUCUCUCCUCGCAAGUUCUUAGAAUCCUUUCGGACAUCAGUGGGCUGUGGAUUUGUUAUUCCUACUAGACUUUUCCGCUUAGAGGGUAACUUCUACCAUAUUCUCCGGCAGGAUGAGCAUGAUCGUGGAAAAACUGGAUUUAGAUUCAGUUUUUCGUCUCCUUCGUAGAAGCCGAGUUCAGUCAGAGAUAAGGUUUUUUUCCCCUCCUCUUGAUGUAAUUGUCAAGCAUUCGUUUCCUAAUCGCUUGAAAACAAGAGAUUGUCUCAGGAAAAAAAUUUAUAGAGAAUGGUUUUCUGAGGGAAAGCAUUAACCCUUGGGGGUCAAAGCAUAUAAGCCAAUGCUCAUUGCAUGGCAAAGGUGUAUGAAAUUAGAAUUCAUGCACACGUACUUUUGCUACUCUGGAAUGCCUUCAUUGGCACUGAGAGUUCUUAAACGUUCUUCAUCAUUAGCUGCAAAUAACUCGUUAACGUUCGUUGAGAAACGAGAGAUCAUCCUUGAGGA